AUGGAAACUAUAUAUGAUCAUAAAUGCGAGUACUGUGAUGCUUUAUAUUUCGAUAUCUGUAGCACUGGUAAAUGGUUUGACUGCUCUGAAUGCAGAGCAGGGGUUUUGGUUGGCUCAGCUUGCCUCGAUGAAUAUCCAUAUGGCUAUAUAAAUGCUAAAGAAGAUACAUAUGCAGUUAUUGAUGCCGAAUUUUCUGAAGAGUUUGCAGAGUAUGAUAUUUUUAAAACUGGUAAAAAUAGAAGCCAGCAUUAUUUUUUCAUGGACCCAGAACUGAAUUUUGAUCCAAUCCCAGCAAUCAAGAGAGGAUUAUAUUUUGAAAAUAAUCGAUUUUUAAAAACAGAAAAAACGAUUUACCUUUCUCAUUCUUUUUCUAUAGCGGCUUGGGUUCAUGCAAAAAUAGUAGGCAUAAUAAUUAGAAAAGAAGGUAAAUUUACGUUUUCGAGCAGCCACAUUCUGAAUAUUACUUUAAAAGAUCCUUUGGAUGCAAAUAUAUCAAUGAUUACCCCUGAAGCUUUUUACAGUAGUUGGAUGCAUAUAUCAUUUUCAGUGUCUUAUUCUAGUGGAGCUACAACAAUUUAUAGCUACUUAAAUAAUAUACAGCAUAAUUCAAUAUCUCAAGAUAAAAGCAUUUUCCGAGAUAUUACAAGCGAAUUAGUCAUUGGAGACCCCAGAUUCGCUGGAUUCAUAUAUAAUUUUAAGCUUUAUAUAGGCGCCGUUCAUGAUUUUAUCAGUUAUUCAGAAAUAAGUAUUUGCCAACCUGAUAAAGAUGAUAACUCUUUAUGAUCUUGUGAACUAUUUGAAUAUUGAGAUGGUUCAGCCUGCAAACAAUGCAAUUCAUCAUGCGAAACUACCUGUGCAAAAUUUCCAUCCUGCAAACUGUGUAAUGAUCAGCUCUGUCAAGAAUGCUCAGGGUUUUCUGAUACUUCAAAUUGCUACAAAUGCAUAGAAAGAGCUCAUAAUUUAAACGAACAGAAUUGUGCCUGUGACGCUAAUACUAUUUUAACCACAGAUGGCUCUGACUAUUUUUGUGAGUAUUGUGACUUGGACUACUGCUCAAAUUGUAGAGGCCAAGGAUACUUCUCUUGCUUAGAAUGCGUGAAAGGGGAAUUAGUAGAUAAUGUCUGCUUAGGCCAAUACCCAACUGGGCUUGAAGAAUGUGCUGGUAAAGAAUUAUGCGUAAUGGCUGAAAUAAAUUCAAAGGAUAAUUUCAAUGAAACUUAUGGAAAGUUUAUUGCUGGGGCUAAUAAAGCUUCAUAUAACCCUUUUAAUUCACCUGAAAAUGAAGACCCAGUGCUAGCAAAGGACAGGGGCUUCUUUUUUGAUGGAAAUUUUGCAUUCCUCCAAAGUGAGCAGUCAUAUUAUUUUUCUCACACUUUUUCGCUUUUGAUGUGAAUUUGAAAUCAAGGAAAUGGAGACAUUCUUAAGCAGGGAGAUAGACUUUUAUUAGCAAGUAACGGAGCUUUGCCAAUAACUCUGCAAGACAGAUUUUCUCAGAAUUUUACUUUUCAAACAUCAGAAAUUAGUUUUGAAGGCUGAACUUACCUCUCUUACACUAUUUCAUAUGAAAGUUCUGUAACAUCUUUAUGGGCGUAUGAAAAUAACAGAGAAAUAAUAACACGAGGAUUCCCGGAUUUGCUAUUUAGAGAUAUAGUGAAUUCUACCCUUUUUAUAGGAAAAAGCUUAAAGUCUCAUUUUAAAGGGUUUUUAUAUAAGCUUCAAAUAUGGAAUAGUGGAAAUAAAUUUGAAGAUUCGGAAAGCCUUGGAAUCUGUGGGCCUUCUUUAGGAGAUUGCUUAUCUCCGUGCAAGAUAAAUGAAUUUUAUUCAGUGGAGCAUGAUAAGUGCAAAGGUUGUCCCAGUUCUUGCAAUAAAGGGUGCAUAAUUGACGAUACUUGUAAUAUUUGCCAAGAUCCUUUAUGUGCUAUAUGCCCAAAUUUUGGAAAAACAAAUUGUGUUGAAUGCAUCCCUCAUGCUUCAGGAAUUGAAAAAUUUAAUUGUGUUGAGAAUUAUUGCUUAUCUUUAGAUAGACUUAAAUGCAUUAGAACUCCUUAUGAGAGCAGUCCUGAGCUAUAUUGGUUUCAUUCUAUACCUCAAGAAAAUGUAAUUGUCGGAAACUGAAGUGGAGAAUUUAUUAUCAACACAAUUCAUGGUUUUAUUGAGAGUGUUGAAUUAUUAAAUAACACAGAUUUUUUUCUGACUCUCCUCCCAUCUUGGCUAACGAGUAGACAAUUUUUUGGUAUCAAUUGUCUAGUAAAAUUAUAUUUAAUAUAUUUAAUAAUAAAAAUAAUGACAUCUCUAGCAAAUAUUUACGAAAAUAAAUUUAAACUCUAUAAAAUCUUGCUGAAAUAAUUUAUAUAAAUUUGAAAAAAUGGUAGCUAAGGGAGUAAACAGUAAUGAAUGCUCAUUUAGCCCUUUCAAUGAAAAUUUCACAUGCUCAUUUACGCUAUCUAUUAAUCCAAGCUACAGCAUUAGUAGCAACCCUUCAGCUGUUCAAGUUCAGUAUCAAGGAUAUUUAUAUCCUAUAUCUUUUAACGCUUUUUAUGAUGAUUUUUCAAAGUAUUUGAUGAGCCAUCAAGAAUUGAUAAACAUAAAAUAUUAUUUUGAGAUAAGUGAUCUCAAAAUUAAAUUAUAUAAUCAAUUAGUUUUCACAGAGGAAUUUUGUACUAAUGAGAAAUGCUCAUCUGCUCAAUGCGAUAAAAUUUUGUCGAAAGAUUCAAUAAUCUCCCUAGGAAAAAGUGUUUCUUGCUUCAAAAUAUCUAAAAAUGAAUUGGAAAUUUACCUAGGCCAUAUUCAAGAAAGCGCAGAAUCCUUAACAUUCAUUGAAAAAAUUUUUGCUGACUCAAAUACUAAUGAAACUAAUCUUGCAUAUAUAACUAUGAGUAUCAAGGAGGAAAAACCCCCUAAGCCGAAAGCUAGUAUCACUCAAAUUAGCUCGAUCUGCUGCUCUUGCGAAUUGACUCUUGACGGAUCUCGAUCAACGGGAAUGGGAAAUCUUACAUUUUUAUGAUCUUUAAGCAAGUUCUUAAGCUAUUCUGGUGGUAUAAAUCAAAAAUUUUACAAUAUUACCUUACUCAUUCAGAAAUACCAAGAGUUUUUCUCAUUCAAAUAGCUGGGAUAAAUUUUCUUCAUAAUAGUGUAUAGCCCAUGCACCUUAAUAGCUCCCUAUACCCCAGCAGAAUACCGACCAGAAUAAAUAUGGUGCAGAGCACCUGCCUUAUGCAGUAUAAGUCUUAAAACCAUAAACGGAGACUUGUCAUUUUCGUUUUUACUUUUCAAAAAAGCUGACAUUUUGGAAAUUAAAAUGGAUGGCCAAUAAUGAUCUAAAUAAUUUCAGGGGCUAUACUAAUUUAAUUUAUUCUAUUCUUCUUAAAAUUUAGCAGAAUUAGCUUGAAAUCGUUUUGAAACCUUAGUGUUUUUUAAAAAAAUUACAGAAAAUAUUAAGCAGGCCUAAUUCAUUAAUUGAGAGGUAAAUUAGAAAGUUGCGAAAGCGCAAAAGAUCAUAAUUACUUUGAGGUAACUUUGAACGUAACUGACAAGUUUGGUCAAUCUGAUUUAUCUACCACUUCAGUUAACAUGAUAUAUGAUGAAGUAGCAGUUUCUAUAGCUAAUAAAGAAACCCUUAAUAUCGGUACCGACUCACCAUUAAAGUUAAAAUUCCAAUAUCAAAAAAGCACUCUUAUAGACUUAGAUCCAAAUCCUUCAAUUUCUUGAAGCGUUUCAAAAAGUAAUAGACAGUUGUCUGAAGAUACAGAUUACAGCACGUCAGGUGUUGAGUUUGCUUAUUUAUUUUCAAAACUCGGUGAAUAUGUUGUGACUGCAAACGUACUAUUCAAUCGUGGCACUUAUACUCGCUCUGCUAGUGUAAAAGUUGUUGCAGCUCCGCCGCCUCCUAAUCUGAUGGUUUUAGGUGUAGACACGACGGUCUAUUCUAAUUCUUAUAUUACUGUUAAUCUAACUGCAACCUAUGGAAGCGAUGAAAUAUAUCCAUUAGAGAAGGGAUCUGUGAAAUUUACUGAAAAAAGUUGCAUUUAUGGCAAAUUUGUUGAAAUCGCUGGGAAUUCUUUUAAUUUGGAAAUAAGAAAUAAAAAUUCUUACUUUACUUGCGAUUUUACUAUCAGUUUGACUGAUUAUCCAUCAGUCACUGAAAAUCAUUGGGUGCUUGUUUCGCCAGGUAUUGCUCCAAAAGUUUAUAUCAUAACAAAAUAUCCAUUUUUGGACUGAUCAUCUCCUGUGAGAAUUCUUGCCCAUGUAGAAAACGAAACGAGCACAAUAAUUUCUUGGGGAGAAGCCAAUAAUCUGACUUUUACUCCUACAACACCUACAGAUCAAGCUGGGAUUACAAUCAAAGAGUUCAGUUUAACUCCUGGAAGAGAAUAUGAAUUUACAGCCACAGUAAUUGAUAAAGAAACUUAUGCAAAAUCAAAAGUGUCUCUAAAACGAUAUGUUAACUGCCCACCAAAUAGAGGAACUUUUGAAAUUGAUAACAAUUCUGAAGGAAUUACUUUAAAAACUAGAUUUGGGAUUUUAUUUUCAGGAUGGAGCGAUCCUGAAGGCAAUGAGCCUUUAUCCUACCAAAUCUUCAUAAAAUUGGAAAAAAGCUCCAGAGCGUUAAUACCGAAAACAACUGAAAAUAAAUUCACAAUAAAGCUUGGCAUUAUAGGGGAAGCAACUUUGCUCGGUAGAGUCUAUGAUUCCUAUGGGACUUUUAUUGAAGUGGAAGCAAUAGUUUAUCUAAAUGAUACAGACAGCAUUUCUAUUAAGAACUUCACUGAAAAUUUGGUGGCUAAUGGGACUGAGACUAUGGAUUCAAGUUUGCUCAUUUCUUCAAUAACUGCUGCAGGCCUUUAUAUAUCGAAUACGACUAAUGACGAUGAAGAAAUAAAUUCCAGCAUAUCUAACUCUGUUGAUGCACUAGAUAAAUGGAUGAACAACUCUAUGAAAGGCACAAGCUUGUCGGAUUCCAGCACAGUCAUUGAUAGUGUCAAUAUUUUGCUCGGGAGUGCGACAAGUUUAAACGAAACCACUUUGGUGAAACUGCAUGGCACUCAAGACAGUGCUUUAAAUAAAACCAAAGUUUUAGACACUCAUGCUUAUAUGGCAGCCCUUCCAAAUAUUGAUUUGCUUAUGCAAAACCUUGGCUCGCUCCUGGAAAAGAAUUCAAGUGAUCUUUCAGAAAAGAUAAAAGUAAUGGCUUCAGAAUUCACCGUCAAUUUCCUCUCUCACGCAUAAAUUUUAUUUUUAUGGAUUAAUUUUAAACUAUGUAAAAUUUAAUAGAAUUAGCCGGAGAUUCCAUUAUAAUGAUCUUAAGGGGAAUUUAAGGGGAGCUAGAAGACAUAAUCCAGACGGUAAACUAUAUAAGCAAUCUGAGGUAGAGGCAAAAUGGAUAGUAUGGUUUUGUCAUAUAGAGGCCUCAACUCAAGGUGAAGUUAAAUUAAGUAAUCUAAGUCUAAUCUAAGAUCUUUCAGAAAUAAAAAUCCAUAGUUUCAUUAAUAAGACUUAUAGUGAAGCAAGCUUAAAGUACUUAAUUCCUGUAAACCCAAAUGAGGAACCAGUGAACUUUACUGGGAUAAAAUUCAAUUCGACUUGCCUUUCUGUCAAUGCGCAUUCUGCAUCUGAUCGUGUCAGUUAUAACUCAUCCAAGCCUAAUACAGAUGCCCAAUUUAAUAUUGACACUAAAGAUAUAUUAAAAUGGCGUGGUGAGUCAGGAUGUCCUCCUAAUUACUGCACCAAAGACUUAAAAUAGAGCCCAGGAUCUUAAGGAAAAGAGAAUGGCAUCUGAAGAUGAGCUCCGACCAGAUUUUUGCCAAUUUUGGAAGUGCAGCGGAGUUAUGUCCAGAUUGCUUUUUUUCUAUUGGAAACUUGGAAUUAGAAAGGAAACCCUAGCUGCCUAAGAUACUCACUUGUCAGGCAAUUCCCAAUCGCGAGAGCAGGAGUAAAUCCUACUUCGAGUUUCCAUCAUGGUUGGCAACCGGCCAAAAAAUUCUAAAUACUGAAUUUUCUUGAAGGUAGUGCACGGCAUAGUGGUUCUGAUCUUGGACUUAGGAGAUUCUUGUCCAGAAGGCAGUGGAAUGACUGAUGAGCAAUCAGUGAAAACGUAAAUGGAGACUAGUAGUGAUCAACGGCCCUGCGGAGAACUUCUCUCUAUUAUUAAUUAAUGCUAAUGGAGCGUUGACACUUCAAAGAACCCAGAUUCCACCAUAUAUUUGCUUUCUGUUCUUACCCUGAAUCCCUUCAAAAGCAUUUCUGAUAGUUUUCAAAAGGAGGCAACAAGCUUUUAUAGUUAUCCAGAGCCUUUUAAAUUUAGUGAAGGAAAUUUAAAUAUUAACUCCCCAGACACUCUUGUAGACAGCAACUUUGACUAUUCCGAUCAAUAUGAAUCAAGCCUAGUCCAAGUCGGAAUUUCUCAAAACACCAACUCGAUUUUUAGCCCAGUUAUAACUGCUCCCCCGCUAACGAAUUUAAGCGUUGUGGUUGCUUAUGAUGCUUACGACAAAGAUUUACAAAUGACUUGCUCUGUCUAUCUUCAGCAAAUCAGUCAGUUUUCUUUUAAGUUUUGUGAAACAUUUUUCAAAUCGGGAGGUGUGGCAACUUGUACUUGUGAAAUUGCAGGACUGAUUAUGAUUCCGCCUUACCCAUCAGUUUCAAGGAAUUUGAAAGACAGAGCUAAUUCAGUAAAUCUUGAAAUUCCCAGGGUUGGUGCUAUUCCAGUGUUUGUAAUAUUCGGAUCUUUACUCUUUGUGCUUUAUUUUUCAUGACUAGAUAUUAGUAGGCUUGAGCGAAAAUAUGCAGACCCUUUAAAGGAGCAAACAUUGAGCAUUAAUGAAACAAUUGCUAACUCCCCUCUUAAGUGAACAAAAAAAUUUGUUUGCUCACAGAAGAUUAAUGUAUUUUUUAAAAUUUAUAUAUUUCGAAAUUUAAAAAAAAUUCAAAUUUGCUAAAAUUUAGGAAGCUGCUUUGAAAUUUAACAAAGUUGGCUAGCUCAUUAUAUACUAUAGCCCAAUAACUGCUUAACUGACGUUGGGAGAUGUCAGAUGGGGAUUUAAGGAGCCAAUGUUUUUCUGGAAAAGUCUCCUCAGAUGGCAAAUCCUCUGGAAGGGUAAGGAAAUAAGCAUGCUCAGCAGCAAUCUAUAUGUUAAUAACCAGCUGAUAAACGUUGACAAACUUAUGCAGAUUUGGGAAACAGGGGAAAUAUAUGAGGUUGAAAACGAGUGAAAUGACAAUGAGGAAAGAAAAGAAUCUGAAACUACGAACUUAGAAAGGGAUGAAGUCUACCCUUACUUUAAAAAGCAAUUAAGAAAUAAAUUAAAGAGCAUAAUUGAAGACCAAAAUAUACUAAAUUCAUUGCUUACUUUUGAAAGGAUUAAAAUGCAUAUUGAGAACUGUAUUGGCAAACGUAAUUUGGAAGAUAUAGAAACAGUCAUAAAUGCUCUCUGUAGCGCGGAAAAUGAGGAAAGUGAAAAUUUUUUAAUAUGGGCGCGAUUUCUUUAUAAAGAAAAAAAUGGAUUGCUCACAUUUAUUUCCAAAAUAAAACAGAAGCAAAUUAAAUUAAAUUUAAAAGAUUAUGCUUGCCAUAAGCAGGAUAGACCAUUAGCCUUUGCCCAUCUUGGCUAUAAAAAGUUGCCCUUUUGGAUUUCCCACCUGAGCAACCUGUCCAAGGAUUAGCUCCCUUCGGCAGAGCCAUUGGUAUCAAUGAGGAAAGACCAUAUGGUAGGCAAAACCUGUCUGGCCCAUCUAGUGGACAGGAAAAUCUUAGGGAGAAACAAAUCUUCCCUUUUCUGCAUGGCUUUCCCAAGUCUAAAGACCUACUCACAGAUUAGCAUACGCACUAUUUCAGCUAUCCUAUUUGCUCCAUAGGAGUGCUUGUCCAAUUUCCCUUAAUUUCAACAUUUUAUAUAUAGAAGCAAAUUAGGAACUUAUUAAGAUUUUCUUAUAUGCCGGUCAUAAAUUUAGUAAACUGUAUGGAAAUUUUCAAAGAAAAAAUCAAAUACAAGCAUUAUAAUUGAAUCAUUCAAGCUAUAAGAAAAUAUAUAUUAAACCCAUAUGAAGAUGAAAAUUCCCCCAAAAAUGAUUUUGAUGAUGCUAAAUUAAAAUGUGGAUUAAUUAAUAUAAAUACAAUGGCAAUGACAUAUGACUCGUCUUCUCGUGCGACGGCUGAGCAACGAGUUAACCCAGCAGUAUCUGGAGUCCCAAAGUCAGGGAAUCAAGGAAAAAUCCGCUUUUUUAUGGCCUUUCCAAUGGGCAGCUACUUGCGACUUUCUUUUUCAAGCAACCCCCAAGCAAGUGGGUGCUCGAAAUGGAGCAGGCUAAUAUACCUGUUCAAGCUUUUAUUGUGGUUCCCCUAAUUAAGGAAGCCAUUGAGUAUUUUUCAAGAGGUUGGCCUAGAAAAGAGCUAGAUAACUAUAACGGUCCCUCUAGUUGAAAGGGUUCUGCUUCUGAUGAAUCUGGUCAGGAGCAUGAGGCAGGGAAUGGCAUAAUUAUAAGAAAGGACUGAGUUUAAAAUGGUAGCGCCUGGCACAAGAUUUUACCCACAAUUCACUACCAAGAAACUAGGAUUUUAGCCUGAUCUCUGAGUUGCCAGAGGUGGAAGCCACCUAAUAAGCUGUCUCAUCAGCUUUGCUUGCACAGCAUGCAGAAUGCCACUAGCAGAAGUCAAGAACUUAAAUAUUUUGCAUUAAUCUAAAAUGUGAAUCAAAAGAAACUCUCAUUAAAUCCAUUAAAAAGCUUGAAGGAAAUAUUUUUGCAUACAUAAAGCUGAGAACUCCUACACUGAAGCUAGAAAGAUUCAUAAGAAAGUGAAUUUUUGCAUCCCUAAAAGAAUCAUUAUCUCAACCUGAAGGAAAAGCUGCAUUUGUCAGAUAUGAUAUCUCAAGAAGAGACACAAAUAUACCAGUAGGCGUUCCGAUAGAUCUGGAUGACAUAAAAGUUGAAGGUAUUGGCAAUGAGCUAGAAGGGAUGAUUGAAAACCCAAACGAUGACGAUUAUACUCCUAUUUUUUUCUCAAUAUUACCCAAAGUUUUUACAAAACUUGUGGAGCAUAAAAUCGAUAAUUUCACUCCAUCCACAACCUUUAUUCAAUUUUUUAUCUCAAAUAAUGACAUUUUUGGCAUCAUUGGGAACACUGAUUUAAACUUCUCUCGAAAAGGGAGACUUAUAUAUUUUUUUGCUGCUGUAUCGACUGAAAUCGCGAUUGCAAUAUCAGCUUUUGAUGGAUAUACCAAAUACAUUAGCAAUCAAGUUGACUUAAUCUUCCAGUUCCCCGAAGUCACAUUAGUGAUAUGGUUUGUAUCAUUUAUCCUUGGAUUCUUGCCGCUAUUUUUGAAAGUUUUCUUAAAGGACAGAUUUUUGGAGAACCAGCUAGUAAAGAAUAAAAAUGACUCAACUAAAAAUUGGAAGGUAAUGGUUGGGUACUUGCUUAGUUUUGCUUGGAUAGGAGGCUGCUGGCUUUAUUCUUUUGAAAAGUUGAAUAAUUACCCAAUAGCAAAUAUUGGUGCUUAUUUAUUGUACAUUCUCCAAGCAUUAAUUUCAUUUUUGAUGAUAAAUGGCUUGAUUUUGCCAGUAAUUCUUGCAGUGAUAGAAAUGUAUUGCUGCUUUAAAUUUGUAAAUUGGAGAGUCAAGAGAUGGAUUAUUUUUUUCAAAAGAAGAUUUUCCAAAAAUAAAGUGCAAAUUUUGCCAACAAAUGAUUAUGAGUUCUCGAAUAGAAAGUAG